AUGGAUGAUCUUCUGGAAGACAUGAUGUGUGAUAUUGGACAAGAUUCAUUUAAGAGGGAACAUGCGUAUGAUAUUUUAUGCAAUGACAAGGAUACACCUUUGUACUCGGGAUGCACAAAUUUUACACGUUUAUCAGCCGUGUUAAAAUUGUUUAAUCUGAAGGCAAUUAACGGGUUGACUGACAAAAGUUUUACCGAAUUGCUUGAAUUGUUGACACAAAUGCUUCCAGAAAGUAACGUACCGCCAAGUCAUUAUUACGAGGCGAAGAAAAUACUGUGUCCGAUGGGUUUGGAGUAUGAAAAGAUACAUGCAUGUCCUAAUGAUUGCAUAUUAUACAGAAAAGAGUAUGUAAACUAUAACCAUUGUCCGAAGUGCAAGGCGUCAUGCUACAAAAAGAGACAUGGUGAAUAUAGUGAUGAUGACGAGGUCAAAAAGGGUCCUCCCACGAAAGUGAUAUGGCACCUACCAAUAAUUUCAAGGUUUAAGAGAUUAUUCGCUAAUGCAAACGACGCAAAGAAUCUUAGAUGGCAUGCAGAAGAAAGAAAAUGUGAUGGACAAAUCCCCCAUGUAGCUGAUUCUUUGCAAGGGAAGAAAAUAGAUUCUUUGUUUCCAAAUUUUGGCAAAGAGUCGAGAAACCUUAGACUUGGACUUUCUACUGAUGGAAUGAAUCUGUUUGGUAAUCUAAAUACUAACCAUACUUCUUGGCCCGUUCUUCUGAUGAUUUACAACCUAUCUCCUAGGUUGUGCAUGAAGCGUAAAUAUGUGAUGUUAUCCAUGAUGAUUUCGGGCUCAAAACAACUAGGAAAUGACAUAGAUGUUUAUCUAAGUCCACUGAUUGAUGAUUUAAAAUUGUUGUGGGAGGAAGGGGUGGAUGUUUUCGAUGCGCAUUCCGAUGAACAGUUCAAUAUGCGUGCCAUGUUGUUUUGCACUAUCAACGAUUUUCUGGCAUAUGGCAAUUUGUCUGGGUAUAAAGUUAAAGGGCAUAAAGCGUGUCCUGUAUGUGAAAAAGACACAUGUUACCAUCAGCUUGUAAAGAAGUCUGUUUAUCUCGGGCAUCGAAAAUUUCUAAAUCGUUAUCAUCCAUAUCGUAGAUUGCGGAAAGCUUUCAAUGGGGAACAAGGGCAUGGUGUUGCUCCAAAGCCCUUAACCGGAGAGGAAGUUUAUCAAUGA